GGUGACGUGACAUCUUGUUUGCGACCUGGGUAUCUGACGAGGCAGGNGACCUGGGUAUCUGACGAGGCAGGCCUGACGUAAUACUGUAAAAGUCUGAAAGAGGAAAAGAAAAAGAAUACAGCGUUAGUAAUAUUUCUUUGAUUAUUGCUGAUUAUUUAUUGAUUUCUUUAUUUAUUGAAAUGUCUCAAACCGAGAGUGCUGCUCAGACCCCGAUGACAAACUUACCUGAUGUUCGCACAUGUCAACAAGUAGAAGAGCGGAAAAAGGUCCUUCUUGCCCGUCUGGAAAUCUUGUUGUCUGACUUGCAUGAUGCUGGGGAUGAGGAGGCACAUGUGCGGUCAUUGUAUGAUCUUGAGGCCACGCAUGCUGCCCUGGUAGCCGCUGAAACUGGCACCGAAGUCGUGGAAGUCCAGGGUGUACUUAUCAAAUGCCGACAGGCACUUGACAAGUACAUCAUGGACCGAUAUAUUGAAGUUGCAAAUGGCAGUGAAAAGAAGGAACAGCCAGCAACUCUGGCUACCGUAAAUGAGAACAUGAAGCAGUUGGAAGAAGCACUCGUCAAAGAAAGAAUAAGGAAAGAGGAACUGGAAAAACAACAGAAAAUAAUAAAUCAGCAAGAACAAAGAGUGCAGGAGAUUAGACAAAAUAUUUUGGUGAUUGGAGAGGAUGGACAAAAUGUAUCAUUGCCACAACUCAUCACCUACCUUGCUCAUUUAGAAACCAGAAUUGAACAGCAAGGUCUGCAGAUUGAAGAGCUCACUGCCGGCCUGCGUACUGUCACCAACCUGGUGAAAGGAAAGAACAAGGUAGAAAAAACUCAAAACGAAGAGAAGCCAAAAAAAUUGAUGAGUGAUGCAAUGACGUCAUUAAGGGUCGCCACAGUUAGGAAUGAAGAAUAUGGGGGACCUUCAGAUCCAUCAAAUCCACCACCUAACGGAUCACCAAAAAGAACGAACGAAAACACGGCACAGCUAGAAAAGCCGAAGAAGAAAGAAAAGGUGAAGAUGAAAUUGCCUUUCACGUUCAGUAAUAAGAAGGAUGAAAACUUAUUACUGUGGAUCGCGGAAAUACAGACCUACGUCGGGACGACCCCAGUGGAAGAAGAAUCACAGGUAGCCUUUUCCACGUCGUGUCUUGGAGGAGAGGCCAAAGAAUGGGUCCUGGCCGAAGCCAACGCGGCAGGUUUUGAUGACAUUGGUAAGUGGGCCGGAACAAUGACUCUGAAACAGUUCCUGAACAAAAUCAAGGAACGUUUCCUCGACAAAACAACGGCCGACAAGGCCUUCGAUCAGCUCACUAAUAUAGGACAGAGACAUUGGACGUCUGUAGAAGCGUUGUCCCGUGAGGUCGACCGAUUGUUGCAAGUACCGGGUCUAAAUCUGCAUGACGAUCAGGUCUUGUAUAUCUAUGCCCGGGCCCUACCUGAACCUAUACGAGGUCAGUUAGUGGUGGAGUCAAAGUCUGGUACGUAUAAGUACAGGCAGUUUCGCGAUCUGGCUCUCCAGAGAGAGCAAAUGACUUCUCAGGUUAAACAAUCGUAUGCAUCUGUGGUGAAAUCUGGUGGUCAUGCAGGUACAGGUAAGCGAGUGUUGUGGCGCCAGAAGCGCGCAAAUCACACCCUUGUCGUCUUUGAUGACGACACCGUAGAGAAGUGGCCAUUGGAGGUCGAGGGUGUGUCAGGCGGCAACGGAUCCGGAAAGGGGGAAGUUGUUGCCGCCAUGGUUAAGAAGGGAGGACCAAAACCUGGUGUGAGGAGGAGGCCCCGAUCUUUCCCCGCGCAUCCCGGCAUCGCGGCUGGGAAGCCUUGGGAAAGGAUGGACAUAGACCAAAAGACGUGGCAAGAGCGAAUGGAUAACGCCCAGUGUUUGAAAUGCGGGACCGCAGGGCAUGUGAUAGCCUGGUGUCCGCUUAUACGAAACCCAAAAGUCAGUCGCCAGUAGAAGUAACAUCCGCUUCUACUAAGUUGAAGGAUUCAGGAAUAGAGAAAGGUAAGGCGCCUACUAACCCUGUCAAUCCUUCAACUCGCAGGGCAGAGGAUGAUCCUUCUCCAGCCCCUCGUCCAGAUCACCCUGAACCUGUCUUAUGUUCAUUUUUUCUGGACGACUCCCUCGACGAGCUGAGCAAUGAGUUGCUAGCAUAGCGAAGCUCGUGGGCUAAGAAAGCAAAGUCUAAGGGUGAAUUACUACUCGCUGAUAUAGAAAUCGCACACGUACGCGCGGGAGCACUGUUAGAUUCAGGAUCUACACGAUCCUAUAUUUCCGAUAAGUCUAUCAAAAAGCUACAUCUCGGAAUGAAGGUAAAAGACUUGU